AUGGAAGCGGCACGACGGAUGGAAGUGAUUGGCUCACACCUCUCGGCCUCGUCGGGUGCCUUGGCCGGCGCCCAGGACAGGCCAGACGACAUCGUAAUCGUUGAUGCAAUUCGCACACCCAUCACCAGGGCAAGAAAGAUAUGCGUGGGCAACGUUCUGCAGCCGGGCUCCGGCGCGCUCUCGAGCCGCGUGGCGCAGGUGCGGGCGGGGAUACCUCACACCGUGCCCCUCAGCACGGUGAACCGCCAGUGCUCCAGCGGGCUGCAGGCGGUCGCUCACGUGGCGGCGGGCAUCAAGGCCGGCCACUACUCCGUCGGAAUAGCUGCUGGGGUUGAAUCCAUGUCCCUCAACGCAAUGGGGGGGGGGGGGGGACUGCCGCCGGAAAAAAACCCCAAGUUCAUCAAGGGCGAACGAAAAGGGGCGGGGGUGCUCCUCCCCAUGGGCAUCACGAGCGAGAACGUCGCAGCGAAGUACGGCAUCACUCGCGCCGAGCAGGCUCCCCCCCCCCCGACAGGGGGGCGCCGCGGAGAGGAUGCCUUCGCGGCGGAGAGUCACGCCCGGGCUCACCGGGCCCAGGAGGAAGGGAUCUUCGACGAUGAGAUCUUGCCCGUUCGGACGAGGGGGUGCGUGCGGGGACUACUGCGGCCAAGCUGGGCGGCCUCAAGGCGGUCUUUCAAGAAGGGCGGAACGACCACGGCGGGGAACGCGAGUCAGGUGAGCGACGGAGCGGCCGCCACCCUUCUGAUGACGCGAGAGUCGGCGGCACAGCGGGGACUCCGUCCCCUGGGGGUCUUCCGCUCGUACGCCGUCGUCGGAGUCCCGCCGGAGGUCAUGGGAAUCGGGCCAGCGGUGGCGAUCCCGGCCGCCGUUGGCAAGGCUGGGCUCGAGCUCGGUGACGUUGACUUGUUUGAGCUCAAUGAGGCGUUUGCCAGCCAGGCCACCUACUGCAUUAAGGAGCUUGGCCUUGACGCCUGGAAGGUCAACCCCAAGGGCGGGGCGAUCGCGCUGGGGCACCCGCUGGGCUGCACGGGGUGCCGGCAGGUGGCCACUCUGCUGUACGAGCUCCGCCGGACCGGGAAAAGGUUCGGGGUUGUGUCGAUGUGCAUCGGGACGGGGAUGGGGGCGGCGGCGGUGCUCGAACUGUGUUGCUGAUUUCUCCGGGAGGGGGGGGAGGGCAGGGUUCUCUCUCUCUCCCUCUCUUUCUCUCGGGUCCCUUUAGCUUCGCUGUCUUUGGCCUGGCUCCGAGCGGUUUUCAAGAAAAUGGUAGGAGAUGGGUUGUUGGGUUUUGCUGAUUUCUCUGGGGGGGGGGAGUGCAGGCUUCUCUCUCUCGUGGUCUCUUCCUGUCUCUCUUUCUUUCUCUCUGUCUCUCUCAAUGUCUCUCUCUUUUGGUCUCUCUUGCUUCGUGGCUUGGCUCCGAACCGUCUUCGCGCGGCAGGGAGGACAUGGAUUAUUUGUUGGGUUUUUGAGAUGCGCGCGUGUUUUCUCUCGUGCCGUUUAUUCCUGGUUGAACGCAUGUCCGUACCGAGGAAAAGAGGUGGCUGUGUUGGUACAUUGAGCCUGCUUUAAAUAGAGAUAUUGUUGAGGACGUAGGAAUAAUCGACGGGAGGAAGCAAACAAGUGUGCAGGCGUCCGAAGAUGAAAGCUUGGGCGUUGCGAAAGGGUGUGGUUUGUGGGUACAGAGCUCACACCUUCGGCGGUGCUUUCGGGAUGUAAAACCACACAGAGAGAGCUCUCGUCGAUCUCCAGCCGUGCUUUCGAUACGGGGGUAUACCGCCGUUGAUUCUAUUGAUUGAGUUUUUAAGUUCGUUUUGCUGCUUUUGGGUGGGCACAGCAAAGGGGGAGCUUGUCUUGCGUGGUGUCAUUUAUCGUUGCCGUUGUAGUUCAGCGGUGCUACUUGUCAGCAAGGAAACGGGAUGGCCGUGCCGAUGUGGCCUCUCAGGUCAGCCCACUGCUUCUCUCUGUGCAUGCGCUUUUCAUCUAGGGUUGUAGCGGAAGGCGUUUUGUCUGUUUUCGCUGGUGUUGUUCGACACGAGUAGAGUAUGGCUUCGUUUGUCUCGGACCCCCCCCCCCCCCCGCCAUUUUGGAUGGAUGACGAGAGAGCCGAGCACGCUACAGCAGUAUCUUUCCAGCUCAGUCUCAGGCUGACGGCCAUCCUCCUGAGUGGCUCGUUCCUUCGCUCUUAGAGGCUUGGCUUUCGAAAUGUAUGGACUAUUUGGCCGGAGUGAGUUGUCGGAGGUGGAA